AUGCCAUCUCAAGGCACACGCCAUGAGUCUGAUUCUGAAGAGCUCGAAGACGACGAUUUAGACUUUUCUGGCACUGGAGAAAAGUUUGGGUCGUUAGUGACUGAUUCCUAUGGAAAGCUGAGGUUCGUAGGAGGGGCUACAAAUGCGGUCCUUAUCGAAGCUAUACAAAGCCUUUCACCUGGUCAGUCCACGGGAACAAACUCGCCAGGUACACUUAGUGUCAGUCGAGGUACUACUGGAGAGAGAAUAACUCGGCCACUGGAGGUACCCCUUUUCGUCCAGGGUCAACGAUGGCCUGAACUACCUCAUCUGCCCAAAGCCGAGCAACUGAAUCGCCCUCCGCAAUACAUAUCUGACCUCCUGGUUAAUUUGUAUUUUGACCAACUUCACUACACAUUGCCUGUUUUGCAUAAAAAGCACUUCUUGACUCGUUAUAGGCAGAUGAACUCUCCACGGUCAGCUGAACCCCCCGACCGAAAGUUUUUGUCCGUCUUCUUCGCUGUCUGUGCCUGCGCUUCAAGUCUGCUUCCUUCUAAUGGGAAGUCCUCAAGGUUCGCAGGGCUCGAUUACUAUGAAAAAGCUCUCCUGCUGCAUUAUGCAUCUACUGGUGAUGUCUCGCCCGAGGCCGUACAGUGCUUAGCAUUGCUUGCAAUGUGCUGCGCUGGUUGGAACACGCUCACACAAAGCUGGAAUUACGCGGGGAGAGCAGUCCGUGCUGCUCAAGACCUAGGUAUGCAUCUGAGUAGUCUAAGCUCAAUGGGUGCAAACAUGGACCUUAGCCCAGCGGCCAUAAUUAGACAGCAGCUAUCGAGGCGCAUAUGGUGGAGUGUUUACUGCCUUGAUCGUGUUAUUUCGAUAUGCCUUGGCAGGCCAAUGGCAGCACAGGAUGCUGACUGCCAUUGCGAGCUGCCAAUGGAUAUCAGUGACGAUGAUCUCGAUACAUGGUGCAGGGAUCCAGGGCAUCCGCCACAAAACCCGCAAGCAUCGACACUGAUGACAGGUUUCCUGGCUUUUGCCCGAUUAUGUCGCAUUGGAGGCAAAAUACAACAAUUGUAUUCGCCUUUGAGAAUCAGGGAGCUUUCCGACCCUACGAAAGCCAAGCGUUAUCUGCGCACUAUCGGAGCUCUUGACAAAAAGCUGAAUGAAUGGCUCGCUAGUUUACCAGAUGAUAUACGCUUCAGCGCAAAUGAUAUGGAUAGAGGUCCGAACUUGACGAUGUGUGUCAUCAUGUUCAUCGUUCAUGCCGGAUCUCUCCUCAAUCUUUACAGAUCACUCAUGGGAAAUGUCAACCAAUCGCUGCCGGGACUUAGUACGGUCGACGCGGUGUCACACUGUAUCAGCGCAGCAAAAAGUUGCAUCAACGCAGCUGAGCUCGUUAGGGAACUUGUGCCACCCUCACACCAUCUAGCCUUCUGCGUGCAUUACCUAACACUAUCGGGCUUGGUACUACUUCAAAUGCCCGGACAACCAAGAGACCAAAACAUUGCCGAUGUGAAAAAGUGCGUCACGUUUCUGAAAGACCUCGAGAUGACAUGGAAUGGCGCUGCAAAAAGCCGCGCCAUCAUCGAACAACUCAUGGGUGAACCAUCGGCCGGGCCUGGCUUGGGCCACAAGAAAACAUUGGCAGUCUUUGAAACAAUGGAACCUUUUGCGUGGGAUCAAGCACCAGGCUCUGAGCUAUUCAACUAUGAUGUACCAGGGGCUGAUCUACUUAAUGCCUGGCUGCCAUAG